UGUCACUGUUCCUUGCUGCAACGUAUGUUCAGCACAGAUAUAAAUACAUCCACUGGCAAGAACUGUGCUCGUUUUCCGACCAUUACCCCUCUUUGACCGCACGACGCGCUUGCAAAGACACCAUGUCUAUCGAAUUCCAAUAUGCCAUCCCCAUUCUCCGCAUCUUCGACAUUGCUAAGGCGGACGAAUUCUACCUGGGAUACCUCGCUUUCAAGGUCGACUGGGACCAUAGAUUCGGCGACAACGCGCCUCUGUAUCGCCAGGUCUCGCGAGGCGGGCUGGUGCUGCACCUGAGCGAGCACCACGGCGAUGGCAGUCCCGGAGUACAUGUGCGAGUGGGGAUGAAAGGGCUGGCAGCGUACCACGGCGAGCUGGGAGCCAAGGGGUACAGGCGCAUGAAUCCAGGCAUUGAGGAGGGACCGGCGCCUAGCACUGUGGAGAUGGCGGUUGUUGACCCGUUUGGGAACCGGAUCACGUUUUGCCAGGAAAAGGAGCAAGAGUAGGUCAGAUGUCAAUAUCAAGCCGCUCAUUCACGUAGGCCGUUAACAGCACGGCUGCCUAUUAAGUCCCUGCACAUAGAUGUGGGCCACCCCUAUUGCAAGAACGAGCCUCAGGUGUCAAGGCCUACAACUGGGUAUGGCUUCAGGCUGCAGAAAUGCUGCCUGUAGGCAGCGCUCAUCAUAUGUCAAUCAAAUCAACUUUGGCCUUGAAGUUGAUUUAAUUGACAGGUUUCGGAUUUUGAGUUGAUUUGUUUGAUCUGUUUGAUGCGCUAUACCAAUUCUAUGCGUAGCGAUCCCCAAGAUACCUUUGAAUUUACCCACA